CAAAUCUCUUUAAAUUGCGCAGCCAAAAGCCAUUUUGUUUUUCAGGGCUCUUUGCAAGGGUAUUGGACACGAAGUUGCAAGAAGCCAUCCCCGUGGUUCUGUUUUCAGCUUCAGGAUGUUUCUCUUGACCAAAAACGCACUAAGUCGUCUCACAGUUCGAAGCAUUCAGCAAACAAGGGCAAGGCAGAGCCACCAGAAGAGGGCGCCUGAUUUCCACGACAAAUAUGGUAAUGCUGUAUUAGCUAGUGGAGCCACUUUCUGUGUUGCUGUAUGGGCAUAUACAGCAACACAAAUUGGAAUAGAAUGGAACCUGUCCCCUGUUGGCAGAGUCACCCCAAAGGAUUGGAGAGAACAGUAAUCAUCCCAGCUGGUUUAAUACUGAAUUGUUUCAAAAUGAAUUCAUAAUUGAUGCCAAGUAAAAGCACUGUGUACCCAUUAAAAUAUGGAAUGAUUGAAGAAAUAAAGUACAUUUGAAACCUUCA